AUCAAUAGAAAAUGAAAUAACAGAUUGUGAAGACGAACCAACAAAGAAAAGACGUAAAAUACAGCACAUCUACAGUUUGAAAGAAAAAAAUACGGAUAAAAAUGUUGAAGCAGAAAAUAGGCUGAAAUCUAUGUUGCCAGAAACUCCAGCGAAAAACGUCGAAAGUAAUGUAACAAGUAUAUUUUCUUCUACACAUGAAACAUCUUCAAAUGCGAUGAAAUAUCUCAAAUGCAUAUUAUCCGAUAUACAAGGAAUAAAACAUGACCAACAAAUUAUAAAAAAUCACUUGUGGAAUAUAAAAGAUACAUUUGAACAGUAUUUAAUACAACAAAACCAUGAAAGUGAAAAUGUACUAGUGCAUUGGACAAAAACAAAUAAUAUUCAAUGGCCACUAAAAACUAAAGAAGAUUAUGAUACUUUAAAUAACCUAUUACAAAAUGAAGAAAUCCGCAAUGAUUUUAUGGCAACGAUUGCUUUUAUUAUAGACAGCAGAAGAACAUUGUCGAAAAAUGUGCUCAGUAUUAUUCGCAAAUUCUUGCAUAAAGAUUUAGCAAACAAAUUCACAUGUCUGAAACCAACUAAAAACAAGUUUACGCUUCAACCGUCAAAUUUUUACAACUGUAUAGUCGGUUAGUUAUAUAUUACAUAUAUUAGCCUGAUAU